UUUUGCAAUACAAGGGCGAUCACAAUACGCUCGGUUUUUGGUAUGAAUGGAUCAAAUACAAAGACCGUUUCGAAAAGACCGAAGAGCGGCAAAUGCUGAAGUGUGGUGAAUCGUUGCCAAUCUUCUGGAAGCAUCGCAAGGAGGGCCCACUGAUGGGCUAUUUAGAUGGCACCGAAUUGGCACAUUUUUCACAUGAUGGAAAGGCGGAAACGCUGCAGGGCAACGAUAUAAGCGACAUGUUCAUCAUUGUCCGUAACAUUAAAGGGGGUCCGCCCGGGUGCGAGUGCAAAAACUGCUACGUACCACCGCCGCCACCGCCACCACCUAAACCGCAGGAACCUCCACCACCGCCGCCACCUAGAGUAAUGAGAGAUGAAUGGAUGGAUUUGCGUAUGGGAGACCCAUGGCCAACUCGAAAACUGAUGCUAGCGCUUGACAAAAAACUGGAUACGAUAGCGGGUGAGGAUCCGGAGCAAUAUGUGGCGCUAUGGUAUCAGCAAGGCGAACCGAUUAUGGGGCGUGUUUGGAAGGACAAAAACGGGAAGGUUGCAGCAGCGUUUGGUUGGAAUGGGCAUGAAUACCGAGACAAAGUGGGCUCACUACAGGUUCUCGUCCAGCUUGCAGACCACGUACGCGGAUUCGAUUACUCCUGGCAACCGUUUUCGGUCUGUGGCACGUUUGGUGAGAAGGAAUGGUUCCCCGUGUACGUGGACUACAAGGGAAUUAUUUCGCCAUGCGUCGUCACCUAUAGUGGGAAGCAAAUUCUCGGAAAGGUUAGUCAGUUUGCAACCUGGUAUCAUUUAAACAAUCUGUUCAUUCGUCGCAAUAUCAUCCUUACAAAGCUUAGUCAAAGUAGGAAAAGAAUUGGAAAAAACAGUUUCUUCAUAAAAUAUUAG